GUAAUCCUAGAAUACCUAGAUGUAGAAUGAUUGUGAAUAUUAGUGACCAAAAGAUUUUAGUAAACAUCUGGAACAAGGAUACAUUAUAAACAAGAGAAUCAAUAAAGCACAGAGUCAGUGUUCAGUUGGUAGAGCACCAGGCAUUUAGUUUCAGUGAAGAGUUGGUGCAACAGCAUUUGUUCAUAGUGCAGUAUGUAAACCAAGAAAUGAAAAUUGUGCAAUCAAAAGAAUCAAUUUAGAAAAAUGGAACACAAGUAUGGAAGAACUUCUUAAAGAAAUCCAGGCCAUGAGUGCAUGCAAUCAUGAAAAUGUUGUGAAAUAUUAUACCUCUUUUGUUGUCAAGGAAGAACUAUGGUUAGUGAUCAAACUUCUUGGAGGAGGAUCACUUUUAGAUAUCAUUCAACACAAGGUAAAAAGGGAAGACUGCACCCAUGGGGUUUUUGAUGAAGCUACCAUAGCAACAGUGCUGAAAGAAGUGGCAAAGGGUUUGGAAUAUUUUCACAAUAAUGGACAGAUUCAUAGGGAUAUAAAAGCUGGUAAUAUUUUGUUAGGAGACGAUGGUACAGUACAAAUAGCAGAUUUUGGAGUAAGUUCAUGGCUUGCAACUGGAGGGGAUUUGUCACGACAAAAGGCUCGCCAUACUUUUGUUGGAACACCAUGUUGGAUGGCUCCUGAAGUAAUGGAACAGGUAACUGGAUAUGAUUUUAAGGCAGAUAUCUGGAGCUUUGGGAUAACUGCUAUUGAAUUAGUGACAGGAAAAGCACCUUACCACAAUUUUCCUCCCAUGAAGAUAUUAAUGCUAACUUUGCAAAAUGAACCACCUAAUCUUGAAACCGGAAUAAAAUCCAAAGACCUUUACAAACAAUAUGGGAAGUCUAUUAGGAAAUUGAUAAGUGACUGUCUACAAAAAGAUCCUUCAAGAAGACCAACUGCUACAGAACUGUUAAAACACCCUUUCUUUAAAAAAGCUAAAGACAAAACUUACUUGGUGGAAACCUUGGUAAAGUGUGGCCCAAGUCAAGAGGAAAGAGCAGAAAAGUUAAAGAAAAAUAGACGAUUGCCUGGUGCUAUUGGGCGUUUGCACAGGAUGGAAAGUGGAGACUGGGUUUGGUCAUCGGAUGAAGAAUCGAGUGAUGAAGAUGAUUACAUCAACUUUGCUAGAGAAUGUAAAGUUGUUGUUGUACCACCAUGGACAGAAGGGAAACCACCUUCAGAAGUGGAGUCUGUAUCAAGUGCAUCAUCAUCACUUAAAAAUCACCCACCAGGAGAAGAAGAAGUAACUUUCGUUAAUCAGGCUCAACACACAUUUACUAUUUCUACAAAACUUUCCUCCCUAGACCUGAAAAAUAAUUUGAAACAAGACACUCUUGCUGGAGAAUCUGAAGAAACUGCUAAGCCAACAACACCACAUGAUGCUCUGAUCAAAACUUCAGAACCAGAACAUUUGUUAUCUGAACAAAACCAGGGUCAACAAAGCACCACAAAAUUACCAGAAACAAUUCUAGAAAAUAAACUUUCCCAACAAACAGAAGAUUUUGAGGUUACCCAACAGACAAAAGAUCUUGUAGAACAAACUAACACUCCUAAUGAAACAUCUUAUAACAAUAAUACAUCUCAGCUAAUACAAGAAUGGGACUUUAAGGUGGGAGACAGACAGACAUGUGUUGUUACACCUGUUAUCUCCCACCAAAGUAGCAUACAUCAAGAAGAACAAGCCAUCAUAUCAUCUGAGAAAGGAGAACCUGCCAAAACUAUCAACUCAGACACAAACAUUGGCUUAGUUUUAAGGCUAAGAAAUGGGAAGAAAGAACUGAAUGACAUUCGGUUUGAGUUUUGUAAAGGAAGAGAUUUUGUAGAUGGAAUAGCAUCAGAACUUGUACAGGCUGGAUUAGUGGAAAGAAAAGAUGUUGAAGUAGUUGCAGCUAAUUUGCAGAAGCUGGUAGACAACCAUCUUUGGAAUCAUUAACAUUCCUGCUGAACCAAGAACAUGAAGAGGACAGCUAUGAGGUUCUAAAUGAGAAGUCACUUAUUGGCUAUGGCCAUCUCUCUAGAACUGAAUAAGGAGUGUGCAAUAUAUGUAUAUUCAUCCAACUUGGCAAAAAGAACAAGCUUACUACUAGUUUAUUCCCAAGCUCAACAUGAUCUGGACAACAAGCUAUGCAUUUGCAUUAAAAAAUGUACAAGGAAAGCAACUUUACUUUCAGGGUCUUUAUUAACUUUUUCUGAUUAUCUUCAUACAGAUCUUUCACAAAGAUGUGCACGGUAUAGAAAGCAAUGUGACUGAGGUGCCCAAUGUAAGAUUUUUUUAACUUAUAACCUAGUUCAUUUAUUGUCAUUACUUACAUCUUGCAUUUCCUAACAGCAGUGUAUCCUGGAUUAGAUAUUAGCUGCUGGAACUAAAUAAAACAAGCGGAUUCAUUAAAUUCAACUACUGAGUCAUUUUAAAAGUAUUUCUGCGUUCAAAUGAAAAAUGUAUGACUAUUUGAUAUUUUCUUACAUGUACACAAGAAAGUGAAGCAAUAAUGUUUAAAACAGAGAACAAGAAUUUGAAGAUGAAUGAAGUGUCUAGACUUUGUACUUGAGCAAAUGAUGUUACACAAUUUUUACUGUGAUAGGAAACAUGUUGUAGUACAUUAUUAUUUUUUUGUUCAAAUACAAGGGUGUCAGUAUUUUAAUUAAUGGUGACUUGGAAAACGAAACGGUGACCAAUUUCCUCUUGUUUUACAGUGAAAAUGCUGAGUGAUUUAUUUUAUUUGUGAACAGCCAGUGGAUUGUCUAGUUUAUUUAAGUAACUGUUUACUUUCGUAUCCAUUAAUAUAACUGUGAAUAUUUUAAAGGUGUAAUAUCUGUUAUGGUUUUGGUAGUAUGUAGUUUACUAUUGUUUUUAGGACUUGAAACUUGUUUUAUUUGUUAUUAAUGUAUUUGAAUUAAUUUUUUGUGAAAUAAUAAUAUAUGUGCACCAAGGAGUCAAAUCUUACUCAAAAUUAAUGUUAAUUAUAAUUUACUUGUUCAAGUAUUCAAUGUGAGAUGGACCUUACUAUUAGUCAUGCAGGGGAUGCCCACAGUCUGAUAACUGAUAAUUAACUUGGUGUUGUAGAUUUUUGUUUAUUCACCAUAAAAAUAUUUGGUUUGUUUAAUUGUAAGUAAAUUAAACAAACUAUUUUCUCUCUUAGUAUAUGAUUAUACCAUUCACUUGGACUUUUUUGGAGUAAGUACUGGUUGUUACACUCACAUUUUCAAGUUUUAAGAGAAAUUGUUUUUUGGCUCAGCACCUUCUGAUCUCUUUUAAUAAAUGCGUCAGCUUGCUUAAGGUUUCGUUUCUUGUAGUUUUAAUUGCAAUUUUAAAUGUCAGCAAUGUAUGCAAGAAUUAAUUAUUUACAUCUUUCUUUUCUCUUGCAUUUAGAGCUUUUAUACUAAGUUAAACAAAUAACAUUGGAAAUUGCUAAGUAUUUUAAUUAUAAAAUUAGUUAUUUGUGUGUUUAUAUUUACAGUUAUAAUAUGGAUAAAGUAUUUAAGUAUCAUUAGCAAUCUGUAAACAGAUAUUGAAAAAAGAAUUUAAAAUGAUGUAAAGUAAAUAUAUUCAAAUCUAGGUGAGAGAGAAAUAGUGUGAAUAAAGAAUAAUACUUAUGCUAUUUUAGUACAAAUAUACAUAAGAACUCUUAAUCUACAGUGUGAUAAAACAAUUUUACUAUCAAGAUUUUAAUCUACUUCAUUUAACUGACUGUGAUUAAAGAGUUUAUAGUUAAGUCCUAAAUUUUAUAAAGUCAUUUAGGACAAAAAACUUUGUUUUAACAUCCUCCUCUAUGACGUGAAUAUUUCUUUCAAGUGAAAAACAUAUUCAUUAUUUCAGUUGUUUUUUUUGUGUGUGUGAAUAAUUGAACCCAAGAGAGAUUUGUUUUUUGAAAAACUGGCCAAAAAAUAAAGUUAUUUCAUGUAAAUUACAUGUCUUCUGUUUACUGACAGUUGUAAGACUACCAAAGCUUGUAUAAAAUAUUAUUUAAGCUUAAUCUAUAUUUAUAUUAAACAAUUGUAGUUUUUUCUUUGUCAGUGUUUUGAGUCCAGGUAAUAUUAGAAUAAUUAUUAUGUAGCUAUAUGUCAUGUUACGUUUAUAUAUACCUUUAAUUACUGAAGAUUUCUCUUAUUUUGAAUUGUGUGCAUUAUAUUUUGGUAUAAAAUUUUUACAAAUUAAUUUUCUAUUUUUAACUCUCACCAACUUAAUUAGAAUGUGUUACACAGUUUUUUUUUUUUCUAUGCACUGCCUCCCAGUGGCACAGCGGUACGUCUGCGGACUUACAAUGCUAGAAACCGGGUUUCGAUACCCGUGGUGGGCAGAGCACAGAUAGCCCAUUGUGUAGCUUUGUGCUUAAUUAGAAACAAACAAACAAUACUAUGCACUACUCUUGGACAGGUGAAAGACAUCUUUUUCAUUCGGGAUUAUCAUUGAACGAAAAAUUAUUUUGCUAGUGUUUUAGAAAUAAAGGAAUGAGAUUUUUUAUUGUCUUAAAGAAUGAAUAAAUCGUUGCAUUUAUCUAAGAUGGUGAAUAAUAUAAAUUUUAAUAUUUUUAAACUUGUUGUUUAAAAGAGAACUAUUAAUGUGUGGGCACCAUCCUCAAAAAUCGUAUUAUAACAUAUAUGUGUGGUAGUGUAGUUACAAAAUUAUUUUGUUAGUAAAGUGAAAAAAUUAUUUAAAAAUACAUUUAAGAUGCUCCAUACUCGAAGGUUAUUGUAAGUUAAAUAAAUUAUUUUGCCUUUCUUGCUUAAAAGAAGUAUAAUUUCGUUUAACCUACAAUAAAAGUUUAAGUUCUCUUAAGAAGUAAUUCAAAGAGUAUGUAGGUAUACUUC